AGGUAGAGGGAAAAAAUAAUGGUUGUUUUCACAACAACCAUCUGUUGCUGUUGGUUGCCAGUGAUUUGGACAUGAAAGCGCCCAUCUUUUCAUGUCUAUUGAUAUUGAUAGUUGAUACAUCACUUGGCUUGUUGAUGUCUUCUUUUGACUCUCUCUUUCUCUUUCUCUACUACUACUACUUCACCCUCUUACUUGUUUAUUCAUCAUCGUUGUCAAGCACUGUAUUGAAGUAUUAAACACAUAGCAGAGAGAGAAAAACACAGAUAGAGAAACAUAAAUGGGGUCUUUGGUUGCUGAAACAGAGAAGAAGAAGAAAGCAAUGUGGUUGUAUCCUAAGGUUUUGGGUUUUAAUCCUUCUGAAAGAUGGGGACACUCUGCUUGCUUCUCUGGGGGGCUUAUGUAUGUCUUCGGGGGCUGUUGUGGGGGGCUACAUUUCAGUGAUGUUCUGACUUUAGACCUUGAGAGAAUGCAAUGGAGCAAGCUUGCUACCACUGGUGAAAAGCCAGGCCCAAGAGAUAGCCACAGUGCUGUUCUUGUGGGCCAUAAAAUGAUAGUUUUUGGUGGCACAAAUGGGUUCAGGAAGGUGAAUGACACUCACAUACUAGAUCUUGUCACCAAAGAGUGGAUUCAUCUUAAAUGUGAAGGGACUCCACCUUCUCCAAGGGAGAGUCACACUGCCACUCUUGUUGGUGAUGAAAGGCUAGUGAUUUUCGGUGGAAGUGGAGAAGGUGAAGCAAACUAUUUAAAUGACUUGCAUGUUCUGGACCUUGGAACCAUGAGGUGGAGCUCUCCUGAGGUUAAAGGUGAUUUUCCUGUCCCUAGAGACAGUCACAUUGCUCUUGCAAUUGGUGACAAGGUUGUUGUGUAUGGCGGAGACUCUGGUGAUAUGUACCAUGGUGAUGUUAGCAUGCUUGAUAUGGAAACAAUGACUUGGUCAAGGUUGAAAGUUCAAGGCUCUUCCCCAGGAGUCAGGGCAGGUCAUGCAGCAGUAAAUAUUGGAAACAAGCUCUACAUCAUUGGAGGGGUUGGAGAUAAAUGUUAUUGCAAUGACAUAUGGGUCUUUGAUAUCUUCACUUGUUCAUGGACUCAACUUGUUAUACCUGGUCAACAACCGCAGGGGCGGUUUUCUCACACAGCUGUUGUUACGGACAUGGAUAUUGCUAUAUAUGGCGGCAGGUGUGGGGAAGAUGAACGUCCUUUGAAUGAAUUGUUAGUAUUGCAGCUUGGAGCAGAGUUUCCAAAUGGACGUUACAACAUUUCCGGGUGUAAAGUUUUUGGAACUUAUUGGAAUCAAGAAAAGAGAACCACACCAGGAGAAGCUGAUAUAAACUCGAAAAUUCCACACAUGGGGAAUAAUGUGGAAGUGUUUGGAAAAUGGGGUUCUGAAGUUGCAUCCGAAAGAGCACUACCUUAUCAAUUUAAUUCAGGAACUUAUCAACAAAAGAGGCGGAAAAUUGCUCCUGUGAAGGUGUGGGAUGUUGAAUCAGAACAAGAAGAACAUUCUCUUUCACUCUCUCAACAUUCAUCUCCAUCUCAAUCUGAUCAAGAACAGACACAAGCUCAAAAGGCCAAUGCUUCUGCCAUGGAUUCUCAUCGCGUAAAACUGAUCCACAAAAUUCCAAGCAAUUGGCAGCAUGGGAGUGUCUCAAGCUAUAAGAGAGUUUUGAAGAACGUCGCGCGAAGAAGUCCACAAGAUCUUCAUCACCUGGAAUAUCAACCAACACAAGAACGCUAUCUUCAUGUUGAUGAUGAUAUAAACCGAGGUCGUCACCAAGCGGCAGAACACAAGCCAAUGGCGCGAGGAUACGCUCAACAACUGGUUGGAGCUGAAGUUCGAGGGAAAGUAGACGGCGCCUUUGAUUCGGGUUUGCUGAUGACAGCAACUGUGAAUGGAAGAGUUUUCAGAGGAGUGUUGUUUGCACCAGUAGGUGCAGGAGUAAGCUCCACCAGUGUUGAGCCAAAUUGUUCUUUACCAUGUUUAUUUCCCUCCUCCACUCAACCAUUGAUGAACUCAAAUCAUGUGGAGAAUUUGAGGGGUUUGCGGCAACCGCUACUGGCUCGGCCAUCUCCAAUCAUGAGAGGCUCUGCUGCACCUUUAGCAAAUGAACGCAAAGUGAGGAGUGACCUUCAAGGGUUGGUUUUGACACUUGGAGGACCUGCUGCAAGUGGCAACCAUGCUUGAUCAUUAGGUGAAUUGUUGAGGAGGCUAAUAAGGUUUAUGUAAAUUUUAGAAAUAAAUCAUGUGCACUUGAAUGGUUAUGCUUUUCUAGGAUCCAUCAUAAUAUUUGGUUUUAACUGUUCUGGAAUAAGACUUGUUCGCCUACCAUAAGCCCAUAACAAUAGUAACAUAAUCGUGUUUGGAAAUCUUUUUGCAAUUGAUUC